AUGUUCACCCUCGCUGGCAACUUCUAUAAUUGGGUGAAAAAGAAGCAGGAGAAGAGCGUGACAAUUAUCGUCCUCGGCUUGGACAAUGCGGGCAAGACGACGCUGCUCUAUGGGCUCAAGGACGAGCUUCCGCAAGCUGACGUGACUCCUACCAUUGGGUUUCGUCCUAGCAAGCUCAUCAGCGGGAAGUACACGAUCCAGUGGUUCGAUGUAGGAGGAGCGAAGAACUUUCGGCGAGUGUGGCAGAGCUACUACCCUGAGGUCCAUGGCGUCAUCUACGUCGUGGAUGCCGCAGCUCCUGAGCGGUUCGAAGAGGCAAAGGAAACGCUCGACAAGACGUUGGAGUCCGAGGGAAUCCCGGGCAAGCCUGUGCUGAUCUUUGCAAACAAGCAAGACCUCGACGGCUGCAUCUCAGCUCACGAGCUGUCUCAGAAACUUGGGAUGUUGGACCGCAAGGACUGUUGCCAUCAUGUUGCAAACUGUCAAGCGAAGCCCAAUGAAGGAGAUCCGGUGGACCCGCGGAUCGGCAAGGCGCUCAAGUGGCUGCUGGAUGCGAUCGAGAAGGACUACAAGUCUCUCAGCGAACGGGUCAAGAAAGACAUGGAAGAGCAGAAGCGCAAGGAGAAAGAGAGGAAGGAGGCGCAGCGGAAGAGAGCGGAAGAGGCCAAGGCUGCAAGGCUGAGGGAGCAGGCAGAGAAGGAGGCUAAGGAGAAGGAGGGCAAAGAGAAAGGGGCGAGCAUAGAGAUGGCGGUUGACUCUGGCAAGAACACAUCCAGCGAGGAUGCAAGCAAGGAGACUGAGGUGGAUGCUGUGGUCAAGACCGAACCGAUCGUGGAGAUUCGGCAAAGCGCGGCGUUGGAGCAGCGUGAAGAGGAACCGAGAAGGAGGAGUGAUGGGUUCGGCUCCCCCCCCUCCAACCGCCUGCCAGCCCUUGAGGUUGAGCCCUCGACCACAAGGACAGGAAACACCCUGAGGCUAACGGACUUGAAACCGAUGCCUCCUGUAGUCGACACGUUGCAAGACUCUCCUGUUCGCAAGGCAGAUGUCACUCUGCCGAACGUUGUUCCCUCCCCCCAGCUCUACUCCCACGAAGGUACGCAUUGA